AUGGAGAUUUUGGGAGGAAGUGCGUUGAAUAAAAAAGGCAUGAUUUGGAAAGUAAAUUCUUCUUCUUCCUCCAUUGGAUGUGGAUUUGGAGCAAUUAUGAAAGAUCAAAUAAAAGACCAUUUUACCUGCAAGAUGGCGAGAUCUUUGAGUGGAAUGAACAAGUUGAGAGUGAAACAGAGACUAGUCGUCCUCUGUUUCUUUCAGAUACAAAAGCAACCACAUAUACCACAAGGCAAAGAUUCCGUGCAAGAAAAGGUACAUUGUUUCCCCCUAGCACAUCUUUCUGUGUACUGAUGCAGGAUUGAAAGUAGUCAUUGACUUAACACUUAGUACUAUUGAUGAAUAUUGGACUUCAUGUUAGUAUAAGCUUUCGCACAUCUAAUUUGUACAAGCACGAUAUAUGUCUCGAAA